AUGGUUUUCGACAACGUUGAGCAUGAUAUCGCCUUGAAGGAUUAUGUCCCUAAAACUGGUUGUGGGUCGAUUCUUCUGACUAGUCGCGACCCUGACUCGCGAUACGGGCUUGGUAUCUCGGGAUGUCGCGUCGCCUCUUUCGACAAUGACGAUUCAGCUCAGUUUCUUUUCCAGUCACUUCCGUAUUCGGACCUCGGCGAUCCUCUCGAGCAGCGCGCUGCUAAGUCCCUUCUCAGAGAGCUGGGAGGCCUUCCCCUCGGUAUUCGCCAAAUUGGUAAUUUCAUUCGGGAAUCCGGAUCGAGCAUUCAGGAAUGUGUAACUCUUCUAGCCAACAAAGCCGAGGAACGGGAUAUCCUCUCAGAUGAAAGCGGUCUCUCCGUUGUCCCAUAUAGUUCUUCACUGUCCAAGACUUGGGAAGCCUCGGUCAAUCAACUUGAUCGCGGUAGCCUAAGCAUCCUGUCGCUUCUGUCCUUCUUUGACCCUGACUGCAUUCAGAGCCAAUUUACUAAAGAGAUUCGACAACUCACUCCCAGGUUCCGGCGAUUUUUUCCCGAUACGGUUACGUCCGUCCAGUACGAUUAA